UCUUUUGGAGUUUCGACGCAGAUAAGGCCAUUGGGAGAAACUGGAAGACAGCGGAAAUAACAAUGGAGACGGGACGGCAUGGGUCACAGAGCCUGGGAUCUGCAUGGCUCGGCCUCCACGUCCUCCUCUGCUCGUCGUUGCUGCUCAACGCCAUCUUCUUCGCGCACCACUUCCUCAGGGCCUCGCCGCCGCCAACGCCGGAGCGGCUCGGCGACGGCGGCGGGCUGAGCUGGGCUUUGCAGGCUGCCAGGGAGGCAGAGGCCGUGGCCGCCGCCGACUGCUCCGGCCACGGCGGCGUGUUCCUCGAUGGCAUCGCCGGCGACGAUGGGAAGCCCGGCUGCGAGUGCAACGGCUGCUUCUCCGGGCCGGGCUGCUCCGUUCGGACGCCCAACUGCACCGCCAACGCUGACAGCGGGAACCCGUUGUUCCUGGAGCCGUACUGGAGGCGGCACGCGGCGGCCAGCGCCGUGGUGUUCUCCGGGUGGCACCGCCUGAGCUACAUUACCACCGACGGCGCGUUCCACUCCGUCGAGCUUGUUCGCCACAUCCGGCGGCUGCACACGGCCGUCGGCAACGCGGUUGUCGACGACAAGCACGUGGUCUUCGGGGUCGGCUCCACGCAGCUGAUCAACGCGCUGGUGUACGCGCUCUCCCCGGAAGGCAACGCCGCCUCGCCGCCGGCAAGCGUCGUCGCUACGGUGCCGUAUUACCCGGCGUACAAAUCACAGACCGACAUGUUCGACGGCCGGGAGUACAGGUGGGACGGGACAACCGCUGCGUGGGCAAAGAACGGCUCGCGAAACUCCACCAGGGACUUCAUCGAGUUUGUCACCUCGCCGAACAACCCCGACACCACGUUGCGAGAGCCCGUCCUCGCCGGCUCGUCAGCGAUCGUCGACCACGCGUACUACUGGCCUCACCUGACGCACAUCCCGGCGCCCGCCGACGAGGACGUCAUGCUCUUCACCGCGUCCAAGCUUUCCGGCCACGCCGGCAGCAGAUUCGGGUGGGCGCUAGUACGGGACGAGAACGUGGCGAAGAGGGCGAUUUCCUACUCCAGGCAGAGCACCUAUGGCGUGUCCCGGGACACCCAGCUUCGCAUGUUGAAGAUCCUCAAGGUGAUAAUGGCCAACCUGCAAGGCAAGGAUGACAUCUUCGCCUUCGGCUACGACGUGAUGGUGAGCCGGUGGCGCACGCUCAACGCCGUCGUGUCGCGGUCCACCCGGAUCACGCUGCAGAAGAUACGACCCCAGUACUGCCCUUACUUCAAGAAGACCAAAGAGCCAUCCCCAGCCUACGCGUGGGUGAAAUGCGAGUGGGAGCAGGAUGUGGACUGCUACCAGACGCUGCUGGGUGCGGGAAUCAUCUCGCGGUCAGGCAUUUCUAACGACGCUGGCAGUCGGUACACGCGGGUGAGUCUCCUCAAGACGCAGGACGACUUCGACGUGCUCCUGGAGAGGCUCACCGAAUUCGUCGACGCCGAGAAGCACAGCAGAGCCCCUGCAGGCUCCAGCUCCAUGUGAAACUGUCAACUGCUAGAUGAUCGUAUUCGUUUCUACGCAAGGUAAUAAGUAUCACGUACUAUGGAAAAUCAGGACUGGAAUGAUCAUCUACGCGUUGAUUAUUCACUGUCCACCUUUCGACGAGAAGGCAAAUAUACAUGAAGAUCAUACAUUUUACGCUUUAGUGGCAUGCUCCAUCAGCAUGCGUAGUUAUGUUCUUGUAAUCAACUAUGUGACAUGGCAUGAAAAAAGGAGAUUUUAAUGACUGAGAAAAUC